UAGGCUGGGUGUCUCAGACGGGGUCUAGAGCUACGGUGACCGAAUCUGAGGGCUUAAAUCUUCGGAUCCCCAAGUUGGUUUGAUUCGUUGCUAAACUUCGUGGUCCUGCUCCUUGAGCAUGUACUCGUUUUUGCUGGUGCAGCAUAAACCCUAGCAUUCCUGUGGACUCCUUGUUACGUGUUGUAAGGCCAGUUUGAACACUGAGAGCAUGAUGGAGGUCGCAGUAGCCAUGGCUAUCCCUACCUUAACCCUCUCCGCUGCUGCUUCUUCAUCUUGUGCAUCUUCUUCGACGUGCAGGUCUUUGAAUUUAUCACAGGGCCCUAGAUGGCGGCGUUUAGAGUCUUCCUCCUCCUCCCACUUCAUGCCUGCUGGUAGCUCUUUGCUCCAGGAGUUUAAAUUCGUUGAAAAUUCUCGAAGGGACAGGACGAGAGUGUGGUCGCUGCAGGUACGAUGCGACGCGGGUGUAUCUGUUGUAAAAGAGCUAGUAGGAGAGGACGAGGGGCGGCGGAUAGUGCAAGAUUUCACCACCGUCAUGAAGUUUGGCGGAUCCUCUGUUGCCUCUGCCCACAGAAUGAAAGAAGUGGCACAACUUAUUUUGAGUUUUCCGGAAGAGAAACCUAUCAUUGUUCUGUCUGCCAUGGGAAAGACAACCAACAAUUUGCUGAAGGCUGGAGACAAGGCAAUUUCAUGUGGUGUGAAGAAUUCCGGUAGAAUUGAAGAGCUGCAAGUUGUCAGGGAUCUACAUAAAACGACAGCACGCGAACUUAAGCUUGACGAAUCCUUAAUCACAGGGCUUUUGGACGAGUUGGAACAACUGCUGAUGGGCAUUGCCCUGAUGAAGGAGCUGACGUCACGGACUAAGGAUUACUUGGUUUCCUUUGGGGAGCGCCUUUCAACCCGGCUAUUUGCAGCUUACUUGAAUAGUAUCGGCACCUACGCACGGCAGUACGACUCUUUCGACCUUGGGAUCAUAACAACCGAUGAGUUCACAAAUGCUGAAAUUUUGGAUGUCACUUACCCAACCGUGCGAGAGCGUCUUUUUAACGACCUUGAAAAAGACGCAGCUAAGGGUACACCCAUAUGUAUUGUUACAGGCUUCCUUGGUAAGGGCAUAGAAACUGGGUGCGUGACAACCCUUGGACGCGGAGGGAGUGAUUUGACUGCCACAGCCCUCGGCAAGGCACUAGGUCUCCGAGAAAUUCAGGUGUGGAAAGAUGUCGAUGGCGUCCUGACAUGUGAUCCCCGUGUGUUCCCGAGUGCCUUAUCAGUUCCAUUCUUGACUUUCAAUGAGGCCUCUGAAUUGGCCUAUUUUGGAGCUCAGGUGUUACAUCCUCAGUCUAUGAGGCCAGCCCGCGAUGCUAACAUACCUGUUCGUGUCAAGAAUUCGUAUAAUCCAAAAGCGCCUGGUACACUCAUAACAAGAGAACGUGAUAUGAGCCAGGUAGAGAUGACAAGUAUAGUGCUCAAAAAGGAUGUGACAAUGUUGGAUAUCCAAAGCACACGUAUGCUUGGGCAAGUUGGGUUUCUAGCAAAGGUAUUCACUACAUUUGAAGAAUUAGGGAUCUCUGUAGAUGUAGUGGCCACAAGUGAGGUCAGUAUAUCAUUGACAUUGGACCCAGCGAAGCUCUGGGAACGGGCCCUAAUUGAGCAGGAAUUAGAUAAAAUGAAAUCAGAAUUGUCAAGGAUCGCCAACGUUCAGCUUUUGAAGAAAAAGGCUAUUAUCUCUCUUAUUAGUAACGUGAAGCAGUCAUCAGCGGUUCUUGAAAAGGUUUUUAGUGUUUUCAAAUCGAACAAUAUCAAUGUACAAAUGAUCUCACAAGGUGCCUCGAAGGUGAAUAUAUCCAUGGUGGUGGAUGAUGAUGAUGGUCCAAAGUGUGUGCAAGAGUUGCACCAAGCUUUUUGGCCUGAUUCAGAUGAGGUAUUGGCAGUAAAUGGUCAUUUGUAGGAACAUGAAUUUUUAUUGCUGUGCAGCCUUUGUAAGGUGAUGAAAACCUAUAAUUGGUAGCCAAAAGCUUUGGCCAAAGUGGCUGUAUAAUUUAUGGUUUUAAAAUUUCUGGUCAAUUUUGGGUUUUUUUUACAUGUAGAGAUGGGUAUGCUUUCCUUCUUAAACUGGGAUGAUUGUUGCAACCUCUGAUUGCAAUACAGAAGUCCGGUUGAACAACUUGA